AUGUCUUCCUACGACUCCACCAGAUCAGGAUAUCCACCACAUCCACAAUAUCCACAACAACAGCCGCCUUACCCUACCACGCCUGGGGUGCCACUACCGCAGCAACCCACAAACUACUUCUCGCCAAUCCCCGAACAACAACCCAUAUACUCAUCCUCGCCAACCACCCCCUACAACAGCGGCGCAAUGACAUCAAUGCCACAACCUCACAUACCAUCCCACCGGCGCACUUCCUCGUCUUCCUCUUACAACAGCCAGCGGCCGACGCAUCUCCAACCCAGCUCUCCGGCCAUCGCCAUUCGUCAGCCCAACCCCCAGAUGUACCAAUAUCCCGCCUCUCAGGCCUCUACAUCCUACCCGCCGCCCGUCACCUACGCACCCCAGGCCGCUCCCGUCUAUGCACGCACCUCCUCGCAACAAAGCCACUACUCCCAUCAUAGCACGCACGCACAUAAUGCACAUGCGUAUGCGGAUGGCGAAGAUAAAUACGAGGACGAACAUCAUAGACAUCACGAUCAGCAUUACGGGGAGUUAGAUCCUGAGACAGAAAGGGAGUACAAGAGGAGAUAUGCGAAAGACAGGGAGUUGGAGAGAAGACCGACGCUCGGAGGCAGUCUAUUGAGCACGAUGGGAAAGAUCGGCGACUUAUUUGGGGGGAACAGGCGAUGA